GCCCGGUUGCUGCUGCUGCUGCUGCUGACCGUGCGGCUGGGGAGCGGAGCUGAUAAACCAGAUGAUGAGGACGAUGAAGAUCCAAUGGUGAAUAAAACAUGGGUCCUUGCACCAAAGAUUCAUGGUGGAGAUGUAACUCACAUACUGGACUCCUUACUUCAAGGAUAUGACAAUAAGCUUCGGCCAGAUAUUGGAGUGAGAACUACGGUAAUUGAAACAGAUGUCUAUGUUAACAGCAUCGGCCCAGUUGACCCAAUCAAUAUGGAAUACACUAUAGAUAUAAUUUUUGCCCAGACUUGGUAUGACAGUCGUCUAAAAUUUAACAGCUCAAUGAAGGUGCUUAUGCUUAAUAGCAAUAUGGUUGGAAAAAUUUGGAUUCCAGACACUUUCUUCCGGAACUCAAGGAAAUCUGAUGCUCACUGGAUUACAACUCCAAAUCGUUUGCUUCGAAUCUGGAGUGAUGGAAGAGUAUUAUACACUCUAAGGCUGACAAUUAAUGCUGAAUGUUAUCUUCAGCUUCAUAAUUUUCCUAUGGAUGAACACUCCUGUCCUCUGGAGUUUUCAAGCUAUGGAUAUCCCAGAAAUGAAAUUGAAUACAAAUGGAAGAAAACCUCUGUGGAAGUGGCAGAUCCAAAAUACUGGAGAUUGUAUCAGUUUGCAUUUGUAGGGUUACGAAACACAACUGAAAUUUCUCAUACCUUGUCUGGUGACUAUAUUAUUAUGACAAUCUUCUUUGAUCUCAGCAGACGUAUGGGAUAUUUUACUAUUCAGACAUACAUUCCUUGUAUACUCACAGUUGUUCUUUCAUGGGUGUCAUUUUGGAUCAAUAAGGAUGCAGUUCCUGCAAGAACUUCUCUGGGCAUCACAACAGUGCUGACCAUGACAACGCUGAGUACAAUUGCCAGGAAGUCACUCCCAAAGGUUUCCUACGUGACAGCAAUGGACCUUUUUGUCUCAGUUUGUUUCAUUUUUGUGUUUGCUGCCUUGAUGGAAUAUGGCACCUUGCAUUACUUUACCAGCAACAGAAAAGGGGACAAAGGAAAACAAAGGAAGACAAAAUCUAAGCCAUCAAAACCUCCUGCAAUUGCUGUUCGACCUGGAUCAACACUAAUUCCAAUUAAUAACAUUAAUCAUCUCCCUGAACGUGAUGAUGAUUAUGGAUAUGAGUGCCUUGAAGGAAAAGACUGUGCUAGCUUCUUUUGUUGUUUUGAAGACUGCCGCACAGGAUCUUGGCGAGAAGGAAGAAUACACAUCCGUAUCGCAAAAAUUGACUCCUAUUCUCGAAUAUUCUUUCCCACUGCCUUUGCAUUGUUUAAUCUUGUUUAUUGGAUUGGCUAUCUUUACCUAUAAAUUUCAGAUUUGACAAACUCAGAAAAAAAUUCUAAUUGAAUAGUCAUUAAUAGUUUUAACUGAGCAAUCAAAGAUUAGAGCUGGUCCAAAAUUACUCAAAUUGUAAUGCUUUAAAAACUUGAAACAAUGAGAGGAAAUAUGAUGAUGUAGUCUCCCUCUUGUGAUCAACUAUAGAACUGAUACUGGUAUUUUGAGGAGAAAAUUUAAAAAUAAAUAUCCCUAAGACUUAUCUUUCCUUAACACAUGUGCACACAGUUUUUUCCAGCUCUAAGAAAAUGCAGAGUCAAGAGGCUAUGUUAUUUAACUGGACAGUUCUACAGGAGCUUUCAGUUUUAAUCCUUAAUAAUAAUGCAGAAGGAUUUUUGUAGCAUCUCUUACACCUUUACAAAGAAAGCCUUAAUAAAAUGGGAUUAGUUAGUCUCAUCCAUUUCAUCCAUAAGGUGAUGAUUUUAUUAAUCCCUGAUUUUAAAAAGUUAAAAUGUAACAUUUCCCUUUUCAACCUGCAGUAUUUCAAAAAGUAUGAGUAAGUCAUAAUUAAUCAAUUCAGAUUUAUACAGAAUACAGAUGUUAGAGCAGCAAGAAAUGGAUAUAUCAAAACACCCAAGGGCAAUUCUGAGCUUGUCUUAUCCUGACCGUUGAUAGAGGCUUUUGGCUUUCAGCCUUAGAUUACAUUUAUGUCUGUUCUUCAUCUACUGUUACUUCACGGUUGUGAGUUCCCCAAAGUUGUCCAAGAAGGCUACAACAUUCAAAAAUUCUUACCCAGCUGCCAUUGCUUGCUCAUUUCAUGGAAAACAGACUGGUGUUGGCUGAGAUUCUGGACAUUAAACAUAGCCCUUCUCAUCCUCUCAUUUGUCUGAUUCAUACUCAGUGCCAGAGAAAAAGUAAUACCUCUACAUUUGGUAGAAUUUGUAUCAAAAGAGUUUGGAAAACCUGUAACAGUGCUGUAGUCACUGUACUCAAAGCCACUGUGUUAACUCCCCAGUCCCAAGUUUGUAGCGAGUGCUCUGCUCCACUGUGCAUAUAGUAUGAUUUUGUAGAUUCUGUUUGUUACUGCACAUGCUGCUCACUGAGCCAAAGCCAAGUGGUAUUAAUUUACUGAGCCUGUGGUAUGGAUUGCUGAGUAAUUACCUUCUUGAUAUUUGUUUCUUUCUAAUGGAAAAGUCAUGUUAUGGAGAGGGAGUUAAAAGAAUCCUUAUGCAUUGUAGAUCCUUCUCUAGGGAUGCAUCCCACAAAAAAAUCAUAGGACCAGCUCUCCAUCCUUUCUGUGGUCAGAGCUUUUGAUCACUUUGGUAGCAAUGCUUCAGCAGUAGCCUUUCCGGACUGCCUUCUCUGUGUUGACUGUUGCUGGCUGGCAGCAUUUUGUAUUUCAUUUCUAUUUCUAAACCCAUUGUUUUCAUUAUAGAAAAGUGCAGUCUUUUCUCCAUUCUCGAAAAGAAACCAGUCUCAAGUGAGCUUGCAAAAAUCACUGUAAAAUGAAGAUAUGCAUUAAGUAAAAGCCAACAUUACACUGAAGACCUUACAGAUCUUUAAAGAGGAUUAAUGGGAUUAGCAUUUGGCUAUAGGUAAGGAUGUUCAAUACUAAAGAUAAAGACAUGAUUAAUAGCUAAGAAUAAAAAAUGUUACAUGAAAAGCCCCCUCCCAAUAUUUCUGUUAAAUGUGCUCCCUCCUCUGAAUUUCUCAGAAAAGAUUAAUGUACAUUUUUAUUCUAGUUUGUACCAGGCAUAAUAAGAUAUGAUAUACAAUAUGCAUUUCAGAGUUACUGUUGUGUUCAGCCCCAAAGUUUAAUAGAGAAUGCAAGACUGUGCAGUCACAUUGGAAGGAAGUGUGAAAGAAGAUCGAAGUUUAAUAAAAACUUUAUUUCAGUAUUUAUCUGAUGAAAUACAAGAGUGAUUGAGAGAAUCUGAAGGCCCACUGUCAAGGAUGGCUGACACUGUUGUGUGACCUUUCCAAGUACCAACUUCUGACUGUUAGACUAAGCGUAGAAAUGUGGCAUGAUUAUCAACACUGAUUUGCUCUAAUUUAUUGGGUUUUAGAAUCUCACUUUCAGAAAAUGUUCAGUCUAAUGGAAAUUUGUCAGUUUUAAUUCCAUAAUGUGGUUUGAUGCUUUUUGACAGCACACUAAACGCAUCCUUCUGUAGGUGGGACGAAUGUGGCAUCAGCAGCAUGUUGGAUGUGUACUUGAAAAGCAGUCAGCUUGCUGUACAAUACAAGACACAGAUUUUGUGAGCCCCUGAGUUUCAUUAAUUCACCUUUAAACAAAAGAAACUUGAAAGAACUUGGCACUUCACAAGAGGAAAUACAUAUUUCACAGCCUGCUCUCCUCUGGCACAUCUAGUUAGCUUUUUCUAUUCAUGUGGUUGUCAGUUGCCAAUCAGCCUCCAGUGACUGAAUUGGAGAACAGAAAACAUCCAGAAUUGGCAAGGGAUGGAUAAGAAGUCUUUCAUCUCUAAUUUCUAUGAAACAAUGUAAUGGAGUAUUAAACCUAUUGAAUGUUAUGGCUGUUUGGCUUAUGGAUACACUUGCUUCUGUCUGUUGACAAACUUUUCUGUGUACUUCAUUUGUUUCUGAUGAAGUAAUUUGAGUUUGCCAUAGUACUGUGAGUGCAAACAGAAAUGGGAACGUAGUGAACUGUAACAUGGUAUGUAAUAAAUGUGUUAUUUUAGUCCUAUGUAUUUUCUUUCUAAUCAGCAUGUAAGCACUUAAUUCCAAGAAAUCUAAGUGAUACUCAAAAAAAUGGCAAGGAACAGACAGUAUAAUUACUUGGACCUAGAUGCCACAAUCAUUUUUCAAACUUUACCGGAUAAAAGGUUGUUUACUGUUAGCUGGGAUCACAGUAUUUUGGAGUCAUAUUAUUCUGACUAUCAUUGCGUAAGCACAUGCUUAAACCUAGUUCUAGUCAGUAGUGCUAUUAGACCAGAAUUCAGAAAAGCAAGUGCUUAUGUACUGUCAUAUAGAGUGAUGCUACCGUGAAUUGAGGCCAUUAACACAUGCUUAAUUUGCACUAAUUUCAAUAAUGAGUGUUGAGUAGCUUAAAUAAUUGAACAUUAAGGAUGUGAGCCAGAGCCUUUUUUAAGUAAGAGAUUUUCUUGCUGAAAGAGAGGUCUUAAGAGGAGAAAUUGCCAUAAAGAGGGGGGAAAAAUUCUGGGGAAGCUGUUUUAUACUGCACCUAUCUUAGGCAUCUCUUGAAAUGUAUUUAUCAAAAAAGAGACUCUUCCUUGAUAUUUCUGUAUUAGUGUUUACCACUUGUCUGUUUUAGUAGUGAGUACAGAGCAGAGUGUUAUUUUUUGGUAAGGUUCUGUCUAUGAUUGUACCUCACUGAUCUGCAGUGCAUGUCUUUCGUGUCUGAAUGAAUCUGUUUUUAUGUAGUGGCAGUGCAACCAAAGCAUGAGCUCUGGGUAACAUAUUUUAUACUCACAUGUUGAUGUGCUUCAAAGACUUUAACCUUAUCCAGUUUUCUGACAUUCAGAGAUAUAGGAUUGUGUAAGACUUUGAAGGAGAAUCAUCUCCAACAUGGUUUUUGUAAUUUUCUGUUGUUUAUCUGGUAUAGUAGUAAAACAUUUGUUUAAAAUUGAUAUAUGAAAUGUGCUUUGUAAUUUGCGGACACCUUUGACCUUACAAUUGAAAACCCAACAGGAGGAGUCUGGAUUUAAAGAUCUAUCUCCCUAAAGUAAAACAUGUUUUGCUUAAUUGCAUAAGUCAUCGUUUCAGUUUACUUUUUCCAAAUAUCUGAGAACUAGGCCAAAUAUAUUUUUUAAAAAAUUGAUCGUUAAUCUAAUUAUUUUUUGAAAUUGUAGUUUUAGUUAUACAUUAAAUGUGAUCUUUUAUGUUUGUGAACUGUAUUUUUUAGUCACUAUAAUAGAUAGAGAAAAUAGAAACUUAUGUAGAACUCCUCAGCUGAAAAACAAAAAGCCAGGGACUAGAAAGAAUUACUGUGCUUCCAUUCCUGAAAAAGCUCAGUGGAUGUCCACGUACCCCAGUGAAUGUACUGGCAGGGGGAGAGACUGACUUAAAGGGAGAGGUAGAAUAGUCUCCAGAAAAGAGAGGCCUUUGCAUUGGUUCAUGCCAUGGAUUUGCUACCCAAGUGGCUCAAAUUGAGGAAAGGAAUGGAUCUGGCCUUUUGUUUUUUCAGUGAUCUCUGGUUUCUGAUUAAUUUCUACCAGCAACAGUAGUUCUAAUACUGUGUUACCAAAUGAAUCAAAACCUGAAAAAUCAUCUUUAUUUUAUUCUUUAUUACGUUAGUGUUUCAGCCAGAUGGGUGGGAUUAUCUAGUGAAGGUGCAAGACUGCGACCAAAUUUUGCUCCAAGACAGCUGAUGGGAGCUUGCAGCUAGAGGCAAAAGGAUGGUUUCUUAUAAUAGGCAUAUUUCAUUCAGUUGAGAAUCUGCUCUGAAAACUGUUGAGGAGGAAAGGAAAAGAUGGAAUGAGGUAAAGAUUGAUGGUGAUAGUGAUCCUAGAAUCAAGUUGCAUAGAUCUGACUGACCUAUAUUUAGUUGAUAGAUUUCUCACUGGAAUUUGUGAUAAUGUUCUUGAUUUCCCUGCAACAUAAUUAAAUACUUUUAAUAUUAAAAAAAAGAAGAAAAUACUGUACAUUUCCUAUACAUUACUUACAGACUGAAUGAGCAAUAAAAAGUUGUCUUGAGUGAUCAUUCUGGUUAAAUGUCAGACUCAAAAACAGAGAUCAGGUUAGAUCUGAAAAAUAUUAUCUUUUUUUCUUCCUUUUAUUAUUAAUGAUAAACUGUUUUUAAAAUUAGGGAGUACUAAUUCUGGGAAAGGCCUCGUACCCAUAUGUCUACACAGCUGUAAGUCCCUUUGAGGGUAGAAAUUUUUUCUCAGACUACUUUCAGUCAUUGAAUCAGAGAGUGCGUAAGGUGGAUUGUAAUCAUGCCAGGCAUGAACUAGGAUAGCUGGUGUACUCCAGGGAGGUUGGUAACAGUUUCUGGUUAAAAGGGUGAUUUCUACCUGAGAGACUAUAAUUUGAAACAGGGUACAUGCUUCCCUUCAGAAGAUGGACCUGUGCUGUUACUUCCAAAAUGAUGGAAGAGCAUCCCUGCACUUAAUGUUUAUAUUUGCACAGGAACAGUUUCAAUGAGAUGAUUGCCCUGCUGUACAGCUCUGAGAUAUUCCUCAUGUAGAGUAUAGGAGAAGAGUUUUGGUUGCACUCCCGGGCAGGGUGUCUAAAUCAUGUCAUAGGGCUCAGUGUUGUGGUUCUUGAGCUGUCUUUUGGAUCUGUUACAAUGCUAGUGAAAAGUCAGUAAAUAAUAAACUUUUGAUUUUACUUGAUUUACUGGUAAAUCUCACUGAGAAAGCCAGAGAAUUAACAAAGGCUUUAGAGGAAAUCUUAGUUGGCCCUUGGAGAAAGGAGAUUGGCUAAAACUUAAAUAAGCCAAAGAAUAUAGCCCUUUUUAUCACAGAUGGGUCUUGUUCGCUAGCAAUAUAUUGUUUCUAAAAUAAGUGUAAAAGCUUCAUGGUAUCUUAAGGUGGGAAAAAAAAAUUUGUGAAAUUCUCAUUCCCCUCCCCACUGACAAAACUUGCUUUGCCUGCAGAUUUUGCUUAAGGUACAUCAACAUCACUUGAGCUGUGUGAGGAGAGCUGUGGGGGAUGUAAGAAGACCUGUAAACUGUUCUGCCUUGUUCUUUCUCAGUUCCUUUUCUUAGUCAAGGAAAGAGGUUCAGAAGAGUAGGCAUAUGGCAUAUGUAAAUGAGGACAAUUUUGCUACUGAAAACAGAGGCUGAGUCCCACUAUCUGACAGGAUCGAGAGGGAUGAGACUCUGCUUGCAGUAAUAAGGCUUCUCUUUUGUAAUUCUUUGUAGUAGUUGCUUUUCCAUACAUCACUGUAUGCCUACCUGAGACUCAACUGUUUCAGGUUGGAAGCAAUUCUUUUGUGUGUUUCUGGCUUCACAGAAUGAUAUUUACCAUCAGGGUUUGAGCCUUGCUGAAUUCAAAAAGAAAGGUUUCCUCUUGAAGUUUCCUUGUCCAGGCAUUGCAGGUAGGAGAUGUCUUGCUGCCGGACAUUGGAAAAGUGAUUUUCAGUUGAUCCUGCUGAGGAGACAGACUGGCUCUGUAGGGUGGCAUUCAGAUUCCUUUGUCAUUUAGACUUGAGAAGGUUAAAUUCUGUUAACAACAAAGACCAAUACUGCCUGAACAGAAGAUUUUGCCAAUUAAAUACUUAUAAACAAACCCCAAAACUGUUACUGUGGGUAGGAAAUGAGGAUGAGUCAUUAUUUCACUUCAGAUAUAUAUUUCCUCUUGAAUUGUUUUUCCUCCUUAGGAAGAUGGUAUAUAGGAGUCUUUUGGCUUGUGAAAUACAUAAAAAAUAGGUGAUGGUAAUUUUAAACAGGUAAAGUCAUGUUAGUCCCUCUGCCCCCUGAUGACAUAGGAGCAGUAGCAAUGAAGGUACUCACCCUAGGGCUCAGAUUUUCCAAGACAAAUAAACAUGGACAUUUACAUAUUCAUAGGCCCAGUAUUAGUAUACAACCUAUGUUCAUGCUUUAGUCA